AUGUCAUGCGCAGGGAGCCGUCUGCUGAGGGCCCUUGUGGUCGGACUCGCGACGGCGGCAUCAGUCUACGGCACCGUUCUGCAGGCCCAGCCCGCAUCGCAGCAUGAAGCCAGAUUCAUCGGUUCCCGAACCCCCGCCAAAGAGAAUCGUUUGGCCAGAAUGGGGAGGCUUGCCUACGAGAUGGAUACCGCUGCCGCUCCCGCCCUUGCACCGGCCACGACGCCCCUGCUGGAGUGCUUCCAGGUUGCCCAACCUGUUCUUCAUGCCGAAGGCGAAUCUGUCACCAUAACUCUGAUGGAUCACCAGUUCGCCAACAGCUACGGCUCCCCAUUCGUGGGCGACUACACGCCCCCUGACAUUGAGUUCGACCGCGUCGUCAUCAACUUCACUGUCGAAGUCAAGGGUCGCCAAUUCGACCGAUGGGGCACCGUGUAUCUAGACAAUGUGAACAUUUUUUCGACUUCCACCGCCGAGCCCACCCAAAACGGCAUUACCUGGACUUGGCGAAAGGACGUCACCCCGUACCUCUCGCUGUGGAGGGAGCCCCAGACGCUGAUUUUCCAGCUCGACAACGUCAUCACCGACAUCUACACUGGCUUAUUAAACUCUACCCUUACCGCAACAUUUUUCAAAGCCGACUUGGAAACCGAGCAACCACCCGCAGACUUAAUUUUGCCGGUAUCCGCCGCGAAGAGCCCUGUUACCGCAAGCUUUUGGACGUAUCCCGAGGAGAAUGCCAGCGUCGCCCUGAAUUUUCCCAGAAAUGCGAACAGAGCUGUGUUUUCGGCAAACGUGAAAGCUCAAGGCAAUGACGAGUUUUGGUGGAGCAACGUACCACAAUCUGCCGUUAACGCAUUCGAGCCAGACGUUGGCACGUACCCGGGAUACUCGCCGUUUCGAGAAGUGCAGAUCCUGAUUGACGGAAUGCUAGCAGGUGUUUACUGGCCGUACCCAACCAUUUUCACCGGUGGUGUCGUGCCGCAAUUACACAGGCCCAUUGUCGGUAUCGAUGCAUUUGACUUACGGGAUCACGAGAUCGACAUCAGUCCCUGGUUACCGCUGCUAUGUGACGGAAAAGAGCACACUUUUGGCAUACAGGUUGUGGGGCUCAAUGAUGACGGGAAAAUGGCAACCUUGUCCAACACCACUGAAAGCAGCUGGUAUCUCGUCGGCAAGGUCUUCUUGUGGCUCGAUGACGAAGGAAGCAUAACAACAGGCGUUCUGGGUAAAGCUAUUACAGAACCAACGAUCGGCUUUCAGCAGAGCCUGAGCCAGAACGCAACCGGCUUCAAUCAGACCUUGGAUUACACGAUUUCCGUCAAGAGAGAUUUUGAAAUCUCUUCCGCACUGAAAACUCAGAAAGGAAACAGCACAGCCACAUGGUCUCAAAGCUUAGAAUAUUCUAAUGCGGGUGGAUUGUACUUGAAUGGAUACGGCGGUAUCAAUACCUUUGUAAUCACCGGGAAAGAAGCGGCAAAGUUGACGGGUCGGCAAUAUGAGACGAGCUUCUCAUACCCGCUAUUUUGUAACACAACGACGCAGUAUCUUCCGGCGGGCAACCUAACCUUAUGGGCCCGGCUUGACCAAGGCCUCAAGAUCGAGAUGAGCGGAGAUGGAGUCUUUCCCACUGGUGCCGAGGCCUUCAAAGGCGCUUGGGUCGGAAGUGUCCUGGAAACAGAGAGAAAUGGAACUGCCAACUACUCCCGGUAUGGUGACAAUACUGUCACCACCGGGGUUGGGCAGACCAGGCAGCUUUUCGGCUUUAGUGGCUUGGAUGGAAAGACAACGAAAGAACUGUACUUUAGAGAUGUGAGCGCAUUCAACAAUACUGUGACAGCAAACCAUGAAGUAGUUUACACGUAG